UCUAAUAACUGGCAUUUGAUUUUUUUAAAAUGUUUUACGCAUAGAGAGAGAGAUGAAUUAUGUACUAUGAGUAUCAGAUUUCGUUCCCUAGACUUUGGUUGUUUGAGGUUAUGAUUGUUUAAGUUUGAACGUUGAUGAAUUUAGAUUGUGUUUUCAGUUAUAUAGUACUAGUACACUAAAUGUAUAAAGGUCUGAUCGGUUACAAAUGAAACAACUUUUUAUUCCCAAUUGCUUUCUUUAUCAUUUUUCCUUAAUGGGUUAUCGAUUCCUGGCUUUUGAACUGUUUUUUUGGCUAUGGGUGCUUCAUGGGGGUACAAAUUGCCUCAUCAGUGCUGCCAAUUGUGGCUAUUUAGAGGAUAGUCUUUUACAGAUAUUGGGUUGCUUGAACAUUUUUCUUUACUCAAUGUUUAAUAUAGCUACUUAAUUAGGUUACAUGUAUAAUAUAUCAUUUUAUCAUACUCACUGUGCAGACAAUUUAUUAAUCGAAAUAGUGAUGCUAUAAAUUAAGACACACAAAACUAACACAUUUAUUGACAAACUCUAUGAUACAGAUUAGUCCAAUAUGCAAUUGGAAAGCUCACAUCUAUUAAUAUGUCAUCAAAUAUCUUAAUAUUGUGUGUCUAAAUAGUUUUAUUGAAAAGGAAUCUGGACGUUAUUUGAACUGCCCAUUGUUAUAAAACAUUUGUAUACGUAAGUUUAUAAUUAUCAAAAGAUUGGCACUGUUCAAGUGCUCAUUGUUCAAAAGAUAGAGGUUCUAUGAAAGCUAGAUUUAUAAACUUACAUCCAUAGUUAUCACAAAGAAGCACGUAUGCCUGAUUUUUUGUUAACUACGUUUUCUAAUCUUUGGGGUUUAACUAAUUAAACUGGCAUGCCUGUAGGUGGACAUUGCUUUGUUUAUAGUCUAUUUUGGGGUUUUAAUCACACACAUACAUAUAUAACUAGUUAAACUCUGUUUGUCAAUAAUUUUACUCACUUAAUUAGCUAAGAAUUGGUUUACAUUUGGAUAAUAUAUAUGAAUUUGAAUUUGUGUUGGUAUAGCAGGGGACCUUUAUAUAUGCAAAUGGUUGUUGGGUCGGAAGGUCUGCUCUCAAAGAAGAACAAAUCAAGAAUAGAGUGAAACUGUGCUUCUCGUUGAUCUUCUAUCGUUUUACUUGUUCAUUCAGUUACUGUUUGCAGUACCCGAUUUACAGCAACUGUUUUUUCCGAUGGCAUUGACUUGGAGCACCCAAAGAGCCUCUUCAUCUUUUCUUUCGAAUGAUUUAGCUCCUGGAUGGAAGUAUGAUGUGUUUUUGAGUUUCACGGGUGUAGACACCCGCAGGGGUUUUGUGUCUCAUUUAUACCAUGAAUUGUGCAAGUGCCAAGGAAUUACGACUUUCUAUGACGAUCGAGAGCUUGAAAGAGGAACAAGUAUUUCUCCAGAGCUCCUAGGUGCAAUCAAAGCAUCGCAUACAGCAAUCGUUGUUCUCUCUCCAAAAUAUGCUCAUUCCAAAUGGUGCUUGGACGAACUCACAAACAUUGUUCAAUGCAUGGAAGCGAGGAAAUCAAUUAUGCCGGUCUUUUACGAGACAAAUCCAUCUGACAUAGGCAAUCAGAGGGCGUCCUUUGCCGAAGCCUUCACUGAGCAUGAAGAAAAGUUCAUUAGUACCGAAGACAAAAAGAAGGUGACCCAGUGGAGAGCAGAUUUGAAAAAAGUAUCCAAAAUUUCUGGGUGGCAUUCGAAGAAUUUUAAGUCUGAAAGACAGCUAAUUGAUGACAUUGUCAAAUGCGUGCAGAGGAAAGUGCAAGCUACAUGCACGCUAUUAGAUUCCUCACAGAAGUUAGUCGGAACUGAUUCUGCGCUCGAGCAACUAAGUUUGCUGUUAGCUCAUGACGCAAAUGAUGUUCGGUUUAUUGGGAUAACUGGGAUGGGUGGCGUAGGCAAGACUACUCUUGCUAAGCUAGUUUAUGAUAAAAUCUUCCAUCAUUUUGAAGUUCAUUGCUUUCUUGAAAACGUUAGAGUUGUUUCUGUAACAGAUCGUACUCUAGUUCGUCUUCAAAAACAACCUCUUUUCCCAAUCUUGAAAGAAAAUAUUGAAAACGUUAGUGACCAACAAUGGGGGAUCAUUUACACGAAGAAAUGCUUAUGCAACAAAAAGGUUCUUCUUGUACUUGAUGAUGUGGAUCAAGUAAACCAGCUACAAGUACUAGCUGGAAAGAAAGAUUGGUUUGGCAUGGGAAGUAGAAUUAUUGUUACAACUAGAAAUGAACGUCUGCUGGUCGAGCAUGAUGUAUCAUUGUGUCAUAAUGUCGAGGUGUUAAAUGAUGCCGAAGCACUUGAGCUGUUUAGCCUGCACGCCUUUAGAAAAGACCAACCUGAGGAAGAUUUUUUGGAACUGUCUAAGCAUUUCCUAGAUUAUGCUAAAGGCCUUCCAUUAGUUCUUAAAACCUUGGGGUCGUCUUUGUAUAAGAGAGGUCAAGAUGCAUGGAAUAGUGUACGAGAUAAUCUAAGGAAAAUUCUUAAUCCAACAGUUUUUGAUUCACUCAAAGUUAGUUAUGAUGGACUAGAAAAGACGGAGAAGAGAAUUUUUCUCGAUGUUGCAUGUCUCCACAAAGGGAAGCCCACGACGGAAGUAUUGCGGCUACUAGACAAUUCAUUUGGAAUUUCUAGUAGUAGUAUGAUAGAUGUACUAAUUGAGAGAUCUCUCGUAUACAAUGGUUCCAGGAACACGAUAGAGAUGCAUGAUUUGAUACAAGAAAUGGCAUGGACAAUUGUUCGUGAAGAGUCUGAAGAGCCUGGUCUGCGCAGUAGGUUGUGGCUUUCCAAUGACAUUUUUCAUAUACUUACGACCAAUACGGGGUCAAGAGCAAUUGAAGCUAUAUCUUUACGCCCGCCCCAAGUAGAAGAGGUACGCCAAUGGAAUUGCGAAGCCUUCUCUAAGAUGCAUGGCCUGAGGUUUUUGGAAUUCAAUAAUUUGAUCUUUUCUUCAGGCCCCAAAUUUCUUCCAUGUUCCUUGAGAAUUAUAAAUUGGAGUUUCUAUCCUUCCAAGUUUCUUCCAACCAGCUUUCACCUGUACUUGCUUACUGAACUUAAGAUGUGUAAUAGCAAACUUCUUCGGCUUUGGGAGGGAAAAGUGGACUUGCCCAACUUGAAAUAUAUUGAUCUUGCCUUCUCCAAUCAAUUGAUUAAUACCCCAGAUUUUAGUGGUUUUCCAAAUCUUGAGACGUUGCAUCUUUUGGGAUGUAAGAAUUUAGUCGAGAUCCACGGGUCUAUUGCAUUCCUUAAAAAACUUAAAGUUCUGAACCUUAAUAGCUGUGAAAGCAUUAAAAGCCUCCCAAGUAAGCUUGAAAUGGAUUCUCUUGAGACUUUCAAUCUUGAUGGCUGCUCAAAUGUGAAAAAGAUUCCAGAAUUUGGGGAGCAGAUGAAGAAUUUGUCCCUGAUUUCCUUAAAAGGGACUGCGAUCAAGAAAAUACCUUCAUCAAUUGGACAUCUGGUGGGCCUUGAAGAGUUGUGUCUACGUAACUGCAAGAAACUCUUGAACCUUCCAAGGGAUAUUUGUAAUUUGAAGUCUCUUAGAAAACUCCGAAUGCAAGGAUGCUCAAAGAUUGACAAACUCCCAGGAGACAUGGAUCACUUAGAGUUUCUUAACUUGGGAGCCACUAUGAAAGAGCCGCUUGUGGGUAUGAAAAAUCUCAGAUAUCUAAUAUUUGAGGGAUCGGAAGCUAAAGCAAGGGAGGGGUGGGGCAUUCACCGCUUAUUACGACUCGGAAAGAGUCAUCUUGAUCCUCCUUGUUGGGGUUUGGUGUUGUCUUCUCUAAAUCGUCUUUGCUCUUUGAGAAAGUUGAUUCUACAAGAUUGUGAACUCUGUGAAGGAGAUAUCCCCGAUGAUAUUGGCUGCUUGUCCUUUUUGGAAAGAUUGGAUCUUAGUGGAAAUAAUUUCGUCAGUCUACCUGAAAGCAUUAGAUGCCUUUCUAAGCUCAACUAUCUUUAUCUGUACAGGUGCAAAAGACUUCAAGAAUUGCCACCUCUUCCAUCAAAUAGCGAAUUAUCUGUGAAUGUAGACAAUUGUACAUCCUUAAAAAGGUUGAGAGAUGCAUCCAAGUUGAGCAGCAGAUUCACCAAUUUGUAUGACUUUGACUUCACUUGCAAGAAUUGCAUUGCAUUGGUUCAAGAUGAAGGCUGGAUUAAUACAAUACUCUCAAGGAUUCCAAGAUUUGCCACUUAUCGUGCGUUACCGAAUCCAUAUACCUUUAUGCGCCCUGUAUGGCCUGGAAGUGAAAUUCCAGAGUGGUUCAGUAAUCAGAGUGUGGGAAAUUCAGUAAAUGUGAAGCUUCCACCACCAUCAUGUACCGACUGGUUGGGAAUUGCCUUUUGUCUUGUUUUUCAAGAUCCUAACCAAAACUUUCCCAAUGCACUUGACCUUUCUCAGGAUGGUUAUUUUAUUAUUAAGUUUUUAGCGGAUAACCUUUUGGGUUUUGAAAUAGGGUCACUUCUGUCAGAACAUCUUUGGGUAUUUUAUUGGACUCGUGAAAAUUGUCAUCAGGAACAAUUUUUAUUCAAAACUUCCAUUGAAAAUAUCGAAGUGCCAAAACAAUGCGCAAACUUCAAUAGUGUGAAGAAGUGUGGGGCUCGUUUGGUGUACAAGCAAGAUUUGGAAGAGCUAAACCAAACAUUGAAAAUCCUAAAACGAACACAUGAAUAUAGCGACGAGGAAACUUCAAGUGGACUUGUAAGUGCUAGCUUCAACGACACAGAACAAAUCCACAAAAGACAUUGUUACUAGUUACUAUCUUAUAAUAAAUGCAGUUCCCUGUAAAGUCAGUUGCAUCAUGAACUUGGGAAGAAUUGGCAAAGCUGGAGUUGAAGUAGGACAAAUACUAUCCGAGCGCUGUGGAGUUGGCCUCAAUGUUUCUUCCUGGUACAAGAAUGAACCACGAGGUUCAUUUUCUGAAAACAUCGGGGAGUUGAAUUUAAAUUUUAUAGAACUACAGAAUUGACGUGUUUCAGUCUGUUUUUGUAACUAAUGGAAAAACACUGUUGUCUUGAUCUGCAGUCAUAUAUUGUUGUACAAAUAACAAAAUUCGAAAGGAAUAUUUGGAUGAAACACGAAACUUAA